GUCGUUAAAUUAUAAUUUGAAUCCCUAACCAAGUAGUCAAGAAGUUAUUGUAUAUGUAAUUCAAACGAACAGGAAAGACAAUCGGAUGCUUGCCCUAUUAAGGUUGGAGUACCAAAGGUGAAAAUCCGUAAGGUUCUUGUUUUCUCAUUUAGGUCAAGAAAGAUUUACGACGAGGAAGAGGGUAAAAAAUCAUACGAAAAGAUGUUAGUAUUAUUACUUUUGACAACAAUCCUAUCAGUGAACACUGAAGUCAUUGAAAGAUCUGGUGCUUUGUUUGGUGAAAUUAAUUCUCCUGGUUUCCCAGAACCCUACAUUAAUGAUUUGAAUACAGCAUGGAAAAUCACAGUGCCAACUGGAUUCACAAUCGCAAUUUACUUCAGAGUGUUUAACCUAGAAUACUCGGAAAACUGCGAGUACGAUUACGUGAAGGUUUUCAAUGCGGCUGAACUAAUUUCUACGUUUUGUGGCAACGACGAAUUUGGUAAAGACAGUGCCGCUCAUGACAUUUUACUUAGGUCCACGGGGAGGCAGUUGACGGUUCAUUUCCGUUCUGACUAUUCCAACGAACGACCGCAUGAUGGCUUUGCUGCGCACUACUACGCAGAAGAUAUCGAUGAGUGCGCAACAACAAUUGACAAAUGUGAACAUUUCUGUCAGAACUACAUAGGAGGGUACUAUUGCACCUGUCGAAGGGGAUACAUAUUGCAUAGUGAUAAAUUAGCCUGUACAAGUGAAUGUAGUGAAAACGUAUUGACGACAAUUUCGGGUGACAUAGCAACACCUGAUUACCCAGGUAUCCACCCAAGUAAUUUGGACUGUGAUUGGACAGUUGUUGUUGAAGAAGGCUACGUCAUUAAUAUCGCUUUUACAGAUUUCGACAUCGAGGAACAUCCUGACGUGCGUUGUCCAUACGAUUACUUGAAAAUUGAGAGUGAUGAACAAAAACUAGGACCAUUCUGCGGGUCUAGAAAUCCAGCGAACAUCACGUCUGCGAGUAACAUAGUGAAAAUAACAUUUCAUUCUGAUGGACAGCUUUCUGGUAGAGGAUUCACACUUGAGUACACAACACAAGGUAAGCAAUGCGUCGAUAUUGAUGCUCCAGCCUACGGAUUCAUACAGGGACACGAGAGAACAUUUAAGUCUGUUGUUAUGUUCAGUUGUGCUCCUGGGUACAUCCUCUUUGGGUCGGAGAACAGAGCCUGUCAGGCCGAUGGAAACUGGUCUGGAGAAGAUGCGUUGUGUAAAAUACUUGACUGUGGCACGCCACCGACCAUCGCCCAUGGUAGCUGGACAUCGUCAGAUAGCAAUUUCACUUUUACAAAUAUUGUGACGUACGACUGUGACAAUUUCUACAAACUUCAAGAAAAUAAAGAAAGCCGUCUUCAGUGCCUAUCCAAUGGUACAUGGUCACCCGAAUUACCAGAGUGUACACAGAUAUGUGGUGUAUCAUCCGUACUUCCACAUCCACGCCCAUCGAUUGUAACGUCCAAGAUAUCCGGCGGUCGUGUAUCUUCGCCUGGCUCGUGGCCUUGGCAGGUUUUGUUUAAUAUCCAUGCACCAAGUUAUAGUAUUAUAAAUAACAUUUGCGGCGGGUUCCUGGUUAAUGAGCAAUGGGUCAUGACCGCAGCUCAUUGCUUUAACGACACUUUGUCACCUCUUAGGAGGGGAAUCCUACCUGCCAGCACUGUGACGGUCAAGUUUGGUGUCCAUAGCCGCACUGACAAUAGUGAGUCUACAUUUCAGGUGAAACCGCAGAAGAUCAUAAUUCAUCCCGAAUUUGACCGAGUUCCAUUUGAUGCUGACAUCGCUCUGGUGAAGCUCAACAAGUCUAUCCAGUUUUCGAACACGAUUCGCCCGCUCUGCCUUCCUGAACAAAACCCAAUACCGACGGCAAACAACGAUAAUGCAACGAACACUGACCACGGCGAUGGCGACGACAACCGUGGAGUUGUGAUAGGAUGGGGUAGGAUAAAAACUGGCCAAUUGCACUCUGACUUCCUACGUGAAAUUUAUGUUCCACUGGUAUCAAGACGCAAGUGCGCAGUAGCAUAUGACGCCAUCGAAACAGACACGAAUAAGUAUGACAUCACAAGGAACAUGUUUUGUGCUGGCGUGAGAUCAGGUGGCAGAGACGCGUGCCAAGGAGACAGUGGUGGACCAUUCAUGUUGCGUAACUACGACAACGCUUACUUUGCGCAUGGUAUAGUGUCUUGGGGAAAUGGGUGUGCAAAACCAGGAUUUUAUGGCGUAUAUACCCGAGUUGAAAACUUCGUAGACUGGGCAAACAAUAUAAUUAACACAGAGUAGAUGUUUUACAUUCUUUAAAUCCCUCUCAGUAGGUUUCGCCUCAUUUACCACCACUUAGGCUCUGCCUAUCCAUCCGUGGCUAUAAGCGGCCCCUGGUUCCCAGUCAAUUGAGUAGAAGUCAAGAUAAUUAUAAAAUAGUUUUUAUGUGAAAAAAGUAGUCUGGAUGUUUCAUGUAUCAUUUUAUGCAAAUUAGUGCCGUCAUUACUGAUGUAUAUUUCCGUACUCAGCCAAUUGCAGAACAAAGAUGUGUACAGAUGUAUGUUUUGAGAGUCAAAGAAACUCAUUAUGAUGGAUGCUUCGUAGUCUUUUUUAUGAUAUCAUGAUGUGUCAAUAUAUAUAAAAGCAUACGGUAAUGUUUCAAUUUCUACACUUCGAUAUCUUUUUUGGUAUUAGUUUAGUUGUUAAGUUUAAAAAAAUUGUUGUCUUUCAACGCACCGUCAAUCAACGAGUGCCACUGUUACGAAAAUGUAUGUUUAAACACAUAAAAUAAAAAAUAAAAAAAUAAAAAAACUAUUGACAAAUAAAUGAUUUUAGAAUA